GCGCGGAGGAUUCAGGGCGCAAAGAGCUAAGUCCACCCGGAAAGCAAGCGGCGCAGCUGGGAAGCCAGACACCUCCACCCACUGGGCUCCUCUCACGGUUGGAACAUUUGGAAGUCACAUUGUACAACAUGCUGCGAUUACAUCUCUCUCCGACUGUUUCAAUGGGCUUUCGUCUGGUAACUAUGGUGGCUCUCUUGUUUUCCCAUGUUGACCAUAUAACUGCGGAGUCAGAGUCGGAAACAGGAGGAAAUGAAACCACUGAAUGUACUGGCUCCUAUUACUGUAAGAAAGGGGUGAUUCUGCCCAUUUGGGAGCCCCAAGACCCAUCUUUUGGGGAUAAAAUUGCUAGAGCAACUGUGUAUUUUGUGGCCAUGGUCUACAUGUUUCUCGGAGUUUCUAUCAUUGCCGACCGAUUCAUGUCCUCUAUAGAAGUCAUCACAUCUCAAGAAAAGGAAAUAACCAUAAAGAAACCCAAUGGAGAGACCUCCAAGACUACAGUAAGGAUCUGGAAUGAGACCGUGUCAAACCUGACCUUGAUGGCUCUGGGAUCUUCUGCUCCCGAGAUUCUCCUGUCAGUCAUUGAAGUUUGUGGCCAUAACUUCACAGCGGGGGACCUUGGUCCCAGCACCAUUGUGGGAAGUGCUGCCUUCAACAUGUUCAUCAUCAUUGCACUUUGUGUUUACGUGGUCCCUGAUGGAGAGACAAGGAAGAUUAAGCAUUUGCGUGUGUUCUUUGUGACAGCAGCCUGGAGCAUCUUCGCCUAUACCUGGCUUUAUAUAAUUCUGUCGGUCAUCUCUCCUGGUGUUGUGGAGGUCUGGGAAGGGUUACUUACAUUCUUCUUCUUUCCCAUCUGUGUUGUGUUCGCUUGGGUAGCAGACAGGCGGCUUCUCUUUUACAAGUAUGUCUACAAGCGAUACAGGGCUGGCAAGCAGAGAGGGAUGAUUAUUGAACAUGAAGGAGACAGACCAGCUUCCAAAACUGAAAUUGAAAUGGAUGGGAAAGUGGUCAACUCUCAUGUUGACAAUUUCUUAGAUGGUGCACUAGUCUUGGAAGUCGAUGAGAGGGACCAAGAUGAUGAGGAAGCAAGGCGUGAGAUGGCAAGGAUUCUGAAGGAACUUAAGCAGAAGCAUCCAGAGAAAGAAAUUGAACAAUUAAUAGAAUUAGCCAACUACCAAGUCUUAAGUCAGCAGCAAAAAAGCCGAGCAUUUUACCGGAUUCAAGCUACGCGCCUGAUGACUGGAGCUGGCAACAUUUUGAAGAGGCAUGCAGCUGACCAAGCAAGGAAGGCUGUCAGCAUGCAUGAGGUCAACACAGAAGGAUCUGAAAAUGACCCAGUCAGCAAGGUCUGCUUUGAACAAGGGACAUACCAAUGUCUAGAGAACUGUGGUACUGUGGCUCUCACCAUUAUCCGCAGAGGGGGUGACUUGACCAAUACUGUGUUAGUUGACUUCAGAACAGAAGAUGGUACAGCCAAUGCUGGGUCUGAUUAUGAAUUCACUGAAGGGACUGUGGUCUUCAAACCUGGGGAGACCCAGAAGGAGAUCAGAGUCGGCAUUAUUGAUGAUGACAUCUUUGAAGAGGAUGAAAACUUCCUUGUGCAUCUGAGCAAUGUCAGAGUCUCUUCUGAAGCUUCAGAAGAUGGCAUACUGGAAGCCAAUCAUAUUUCUUCCCUUGCUUGUCUUGGGUCACCCUGCACGGCAACUGUAACCAUUUUUGAUGAUGACCAUGCAGGCAUCUUUACAUUUGAGGAACCAGUGACUCACGUGAGUGAGAGCAUUGGCAUCAUGGAGGUGAAGGUUUUGAGAACAUCUGGAGCACGAGGAAAUGUUAUCGUUCCCUAUAAAACCAUUGAAGGGACGGCCCGAGGUGGAGGAGAGGACUUUGAGGACACCUGUGGAGAGCUCGAAUUCCAGAACGAUGAAAUUGUCAAAACAAUUGCAGUCAAGGUAAUUGAUGAUGAGGAGUAUGAGAAAAACAAGACCUUCUUCAUUGAGAUUGGAGAGCCCCGCCUGGUGGAGAUGAGUGAGAAAAAAGCCCUGUUAUUGAAUGAGCUUGGUGGCUUCACACUAUCAGGAAAAUACCAGUCUGGCCAACCUCUCUUCAGGAAGGUUCAUGCUAGAGAUCAUCCGCUUCCCUCCACUGUAAUCACCUUUUCAGACGAAUAUGAUGACAAGCAGCCACUGACUAGCAAAGAGGAAGAGGAGAGGCGCAUUGCCGAAAUGGGGCGCCCCAUCCUGGGAGAGCACACCAGGCUGGAAGUGAUCAUUGAGGAGUCUUAUGAAUUCAAGCUUUUCUUCAGUGGGAAUCCAAGGGUUCUGCGUCACCUGCCACAGCAGGGGGCUGCCGUUUCUGGAGGGGAAGAUGAUGAUGACGAUGAUUGCGGGGAGGAGAAGCUGCCCUCCUGUUUUGAUUACGUGAUGCACUUCCUCACAGUGUUCUGGAAGGUGCUGUUUGCCUUCGUCCCCCCGACAGAAUACUGGAAUGGCUGGGCCUGCUUCAUCGUCUCCAUCCUCAUGAUUGGCCUCCUGACAGCCUUCAUUGGAGAUCUGGCUUCCCACUUUGGCUGCACCAUUGGUCUGAAAGAUUCCGUGACUGCGGUGGUGUUUGUCGCCCUUGGAACCUCAGUGCCAGACACAUUUGCCAGCAAAGUAGCAGCCACCCAGGACCAGUACGCAGAUGCAUCCAUAGGCAAUGUCACUGGAAGCAAUGCUGUGAACGUCUUCCUGGGAAUCGGCGUGGCCUGGUCUAUUGCUGCCAUCUACCAUGCAGCCAACGGGGAACAGUUCAGAGUGUCACCUGGCACCCUAGCUUUCUCAGUCACGCUCUUCACCAUUUUUGCAUUCAUCAACGUGGGGGUGCUGCUGUAUCGGCGGAGGCCAGAAAUAGGAGGUGAGCUGGGUGGGCCCCGGACUGCCAAGCUCCUCACAUCCUGCCUGUUCGUGCUCCUGUGGCUAUUGUACAUUUUCUUCUCUUCCCUGGAGGCCUACUGCCACAUAAAAGGCUUCUAAAGGAACGAUCAGAUAUAGUAAAUUUAUAUGUAUACAUAUAUAUACAUAAAAAAUUAUGUAUAAUGAACAGAGGAAACUGACAUUUGUCAUGUUCACUUAACCUGCUGAUGGAAUCCAGCUUCAAGAGCAUACUCUGUACUAGGGCGGAAGUCAGAAACCACCAUCUCCCAUUCCCGGGGCAUCAUCGUGUUGAACAAGGCGUGGAGGCGGGGCCAUCUUGCAUCUCAGCCUAGAAGGGCUGGACUCUCUCCAAGUUCAUAAACGGUUGAGGCUUUUAUUUGUUCUUUCUUGUUUUGUUUUGUUCCCGAUGGGGUCGGGGAGGUGGCGGUUGGCUUUUGAUUUGGUUUGGUUUUACUUUGUUCCGUUUGGAGAGCCAGGAUCCUACUUCUCUUUAUGGGAAGCCGUGAUCCACCCAACAGUGAAUGGAUGUGGGAUCAAUAUGGAAGCCAUUAUGAUUCUCUCCUCACCUCCUCCAAACACUUUACACAUUACUUUGGAUUAAGGAAGGAGCUGGGCAUUGGAUGAAGAAAGAAGCCACAUCUUUACUAUAUUACCAAAUUUUCUGCUUAUCUCUGAGAUGUGAACAGAGGUGAUCUGCCUCAAGGAAGCAAAGCAUGGGAACUGAAAUGGAGCCAGGAAAAGCCAUGAUUCUAGAUGUAGCUAAGGAAAUGGUGCCUGGUACUCUUGUUCAACAGGCACAGGGAUAACGUGCCUAGAUUCCCAGGAACACACAGAACUCUUCAUCCCUUAACCUCUUUAGCUCUGAACUGUGAUUAGCAAGACCUUUAUUCCUUCCAGCCCAGCUAAUUCCCCAGGUAUCCCAUCCCAGACCUCCUCCUGCCCAACACCCAACCCCUGCAAGCAGGAAUAUUAACCCCAUCCAAAAAAAAAAAAAAGAAAAGAAAAAAAAAAAAGAAAGAAAGAAAUAUAUCAUCAUUUUGGUCAUCACGUGUGUCCAGGCCCUGUGUUGCUGUUGCCUGAGAUUUUUUCCAUCCCUUUUAUUUUCCAUGGCCUGCACAAUCCUGUUCCAGUCAUGACUGAACAUUUGCCCUCCUUCAUAUGCCUGUUUGGGAAUGUUGUUGUGAUCCCCAUUACACAGUGCAUGGACAAAAAAACAAAUAAGACAAAGAGUAUCUGUAUAUAGUAGAGUAUAGCAAAUACCGUUCUCCCAUUCAGCGACGGUGAUUGGACAUUGAAGACGUAAGUGAUUUUCUUCCCACCUGAGUUGUUACUUUUGAGUUGUUCCUGAGUUUGAAUACCAGUAGGGGGAAAAAAAGAAAAGAAAAGAAAAUGGCUUAAUGUUCAUGAAUUUCCAAGAAGCAAUAAUUGUCCAUGUGAGGAGAGAUUAAAGUUAUUGAGAGGACCGCAGGAAAACGACAGAGGUCUCCAUGGGAUUUUAGCCAUCUAGAACAUAUCAGAGGCCUCCACGAUUCACCCAUCAUUAAUUCAGGCAGGCCAAAGAGAGAGGCUUGGGAGAAAAGUGGAUCCUGUGGGUGUGCCUGGACUUUGAGAGCCACUUUUUCCACACUACCCCUCCCCCAAAGUAUUUAUUGCACAUCUGCUCUGUCUGGCACAGACGGUGGAUAGUGCGAGUUCCUUUUAUUUUUCUAUGUAGAAGGCUGGUUUGAGCCCUGCUUCAUUCACCUUCUAGACCCUGACUUCAUUAGCAACACCUGAGUGGAAAAAAAAAAAAAAAAAAAAAAAAAACAGGGUGACCAGUAGGCCUCUUAGAAGUCCCCUAUGUAUGAUGCAAAGAGGAGAUGAGUCAAAGGGACCUAGGCCUCCCAGGAGGAUUGCACUGGGGAUCUUUAACCCUUGGAAGGAAACAGCUCUUUCUGUACAAAAACACCAAAGAGCAAAGAAAAAUCCAACAUUCCAAAAGUAGUGAUUCCACUAAUGAGGGAAAAUGGAAUGGCUUUGCCCAUCUCUCAGAGACUUCUCUGAGACCUCUGUGGCCCUUUGCAUUGAUUCAAAGAUACUUAAGAAAAUGUUGCUGAGACCUCCUUUCUCUUCUUCCACUGUGAUCAUAGCUGUCCAUUAUUUAAUAAACAUUUUAGUGACUGAGUGAAUAGUUAGAUACCUGUUACCCAUUCAAUAGGCCAGGUAAUAUACUACCUCCUGGUAGCUGAACAGUGACCAAGACAGCCCAGAUUCCCACCCCCAGGGGAUAUGUAGUGGAUGGGAUUCCUAUUCAGAUUGUAAGAGUUGACCUAACCAUACUGAAAGGGUUUUAUCUUGCAAGAGAAAAAUAAUUAUGACUUGUUUUUAACACAAUCACAUUAAAAUUGCACAACAGAAGCAGUUGACCAAAUGCUCAUUUUUUUUCUUGAAAGAAUGUAAUGUUUAGCUUUGGAAAAGCACACUUUAGCCUUGGCCAACUGGUAGGUUUGUUCAUCUUCCUACUUUAGACCAAGACGGGUAAUCAUGAUGAUGACCGGAACCUGUUUUUAAUCUAGGUGGCAAUGAUACCUUUUUCCAUAACAAGAUACCACAGCCCACCAACAAUGGUGACACUGGUGACCUCAGUGGUACAUUCUAACUCAUCUUGUUUUCAUUUUUUUUAAACUUCAUUUUAGAUUUUAAAAGUGGAAAGCUAGCCUAAAACUACUAAGUAAAUACAGCCCAAGGAUAUACAUGAUUAAAACAUUAGAAAGGUUUUGCACUGUUUUGUUUGUUUGGUUUGUUUGCUUGUUUGUUUUACAUUCCAUCUUUGGAAUGUCAAUUAUCCUGUAGUGGAUUUUCACAGAGAACUUCCCAAGAAAUUCUUGCUGUUGGUCAGCUUCAAGGUUCAAGUUUUUUUCGUUUGUUUGCCUGGUCAGUCUUCAUGCUGUAGGGAAAAUAUGAUUCUGGAUGUUCAGGGUUGUUAAUUAUUAUGUGUAAAAUGAUUUCAUUUUAUUGGUUUGAGUAUUCUAUUUUGUGUGUAUUGUGCACAGCUGUAGGGGGACAGGCACUCCCAGUGCUGUUCCUUAAAAUUGGUACACAUUAUUGACACGGAAGAAAAAAAAUAAUAAAGUUUCUAAUUGUUUGUGAUUUCAUCACCAGUGGCACAGCAUAGUCUGUUCUGAGGAAUGCCUCCCCUCAUGAUCACCUACUCCAUUCUCCAUUGUUUGUUUUUAUGUUCUGAAGAAAUAAAGACCAAAAAGGUAUCAUUGUGCAUGUGGUAUCCUCAUCUAUGGGAAAGGAGACAACCAGAAUUCAGGGGUGAGCAAAUGUCAGCUCUUUGGUCAUGCAGUGUUCUCAUUUAAAUGUCCCAAGAGUGGCACAUGGAGUCUGAGUGUCUAGCUGUCCUGUGAUGCUGUGAUCAACAUUGGGUGUGCCUUGUUUCCACUGCUUUCUCGCCUUUUAGUUUGAUUCUAUCUUCUUGCUUUCUACACCCAAGAACAUGGACUCAAACUAUGAUUGGUCAGGCAACUUUCAGCACACAGCAUGAUAUACAAAAUCAUGUAGCCCAUCACAAUGGUUAUUGGAAGAACAGUUACUUCCCAAGGGACAAGCAGAUUGCCCACUUAGUAUUGUGUAUUGUAUUUCUUCUUGCUCCCAGGACAGCUUAUGUGUUAUGUUAUUAAUUUCCAGCUCUAUGAAUUGUAUAAGUUACUGACUUUCCUAUCUCGUACAAUCAAAAGAGCACAGAAGAGGUGAAACCAGACAUAGAAUAGGAAUUGUGGGAAAAGAAUAGUGUCCUCUUACCAUGGUACAUUCUUGACAGACAGUAGGUGCAUGAAAAUGGCACUCUGUCCAUCUAUCAUCUUAAAGAUUCCCACAGAAUCUUUCGUCACAGCCUCAUGUGGGCAUGUGUGGCACAUUUUCAAGGGGGAAGAAAAUAAGGUACAACUUGAAUACUCUUCUUGAGUCAAAGAAUCGAUAUGCCUCCUGAAUAUUGAUCUUUAAUUUCAUAUCAAAUUGGUAGCCAGUGUUUACUGCUUGGACAAAGAGCAAAGUGAGUACUAUAGUGGGGAUCCUUGACUAUUUAAUAGACUUCAGCCAAAUUCUCGAGUGCUUAGGAGCAAACGUUCACAAUGAUCCAGUGCUCCCAACCAGGAAGCUUUCAGAGAACCUUGCCUUCUAUAGUAUAAACGCACUAAGUUUUUGUGGCUGUUGCUUCUCAAAUAUAAGAUGACAGCAUAAACAUGCUGUCUGAAACAAGCCUGAGGGAUGGACAGGUAGCUCCUUGCAUCUCACCAGCAUCCUCUCCCCAAGAAGUGAUCUCAGUACAAAUAGAAAUGCAUUGUUCCCAUCAUCCUUUCCACACCGGGCCUUCCUCAUUAGAAAGUCCAUGUUUUCACACUUCCGGGCUUAAGCUCUCAAAAGAAAAUGAGAGCGGCUAGUUUGCUCUCACAUCUGACACCUUUGUCGAAGAAAUUAGAGUCCCCCCCCACGCCCCCACCUCUUUUUCUAAAGCAACUCAGCUUCAAGAAGACUUCUUUCAUUUUCCUUCUGAGCUGAAAAAUGUGGAAUCCAUCUCUCGAUUUUGAUUUUCCUUUUCUGAUCUUGGGAAACUAUACCCAGAGCAAGUCGUGGCUGUACCUUCAUGACCUUAAGAACGUGUAGCCAUUUCACCAUUGACAAUGUAUGUACGUCCGAACUUACAACUAUAAUCUAGCAUGCUCUAUAAGAAUCAUGCCUCUUGGACAAGGCAUUCUAACCACUGGCAAAAACUAGAAAGUGUGACUAUCAGGUUUGCAAAUAAGUGGUGUGUCACAGAAAAGAGAUGUGCGAAAUCCACAUUUAUCUUCCUGAGGACAUGUGUUCUUGUGAAUAGAUUCAUUAAUGUGUGUUCAUGUCUCCCCACAUAUUUUAUUUGAUUUCUCUUGUAAUGGAUUGGGGAUUUUGCUGUUCUUUUCAAACACUAUUAUUGCCAUAGCCAUUGUUUUCACACAGGCCCGCACAUUGCAAAGGUUGGGUAGUCCUGAUGGUACUGUAUCGCCAGGGAUAUCGUGGAAAAGCAGCAUAACUGAAAUAGUUAGGUGUUUCAUUUUUAAUUCUUAACCAGGCCAUGGAUAACAAUCUCCCAAAGCAGAGAAUGUCCUUCCCACAGAAGGGCCAACCACUGAGAGGUAGAAUUCCUAAGAGAGGCAGGGGAUGCUUUUGCUGUCCAGUCCAUAGGGAAUGGUAACUCUCCAGCCUGCUGUGACAUUACCUCAGCCUGCCAAGGUAUCCAAACAGAUGCACUUGGAGAAUCCCCAGAUUUUCAGUUUUGUCAAAGGUUCUCCAUUUCCACUGCCUCAAGGGACAUUUACACAUCAUGAGUUCUUUUUGAUGUACUUACUUUUAGCGAAGAGCGUCACUUCAGAGUGCAGACUUUCCUUGCCACAUUGUCCAACUUUCGUCCUUCUUCAUUGGCCACUCUUAGUGCACUCAAUAAACUUUGUGGCGCCCGCUGUUACUGCUCAGCAAUAGGGGAAGACUCGUGCUACAAGGAAUUGCUCAGGAAUUUUUCUUCCAAGAGCGAACUUGUCAUGGAAAAUCAACUAGGAUGACUUUUCACACAGACAGCAGAUUUUAGAACAAAGUGUAGUAUCUCCACAAAUGCUUGGGGUAUGUGGUACCCUAGAGUGACAUGCUAAUUCACUAAUGUCUUUUGGGGUCAUAUUUAUCAUGCCCAGUGUCCAUCUCCCAGCCUAUUCUAUCAAUAAAUACAGAGUGGGAAAGAACAGUAAAACAUAUGUCCCCAAACCCCAUGAAGAGGUUUCUCUAAAGGUGCCAUACAUAAACACAGAAAAAUCAAUAUGACUCUAAGAACCAUUAUGAGAGGCUUGAGUGUUUCACUGGUUACUGUGUUUCGGGUAGGCAAUGUGUAGGAAAACUCACAUUAAUGACCAAAUAGACCAAGAAAGAAAUGACCAAAUUUCAGGGUUACUGGAUCUGCUUUCAUAGUUCAUGCACAGAGCCCACCCCUAAUAAUCUGUGUGCUACAAAGACAGGUAUACUCUGCCAAAUCUAAAAAUGUGCCAGAGGCAGGGAAAGCUGAUUAUCGGGAUGACUCUACAGCCCUCUCUACCGGCACUCCUUGCCAGUGAGUGUACCAUGUGCAGAACUGCUUCUUAGACUCCCUUGCACACAUGUAGCAGAGGAGAUCAGUGAUCCCAGGAAGAGAUCUUUUCUCAAAGUGUGGUUGUUCAUUUGCAAUGUCCCACAUCCAUUGUGAAGAUCAUAAUCCAGAGUUUUCUUUCCACACAAGAGAACUACCCCUAUGUAUUAAAUGUAUUAAAUUAAACCAAAUAUGGAACCGCUUCAGAAAAUAUUUCACCAAAGAAAUAAACUAGGUAGUGCUUUGGUGAUAUGAGUCAUAUGACCGUAAUGGUUGCUUGUGUGAAAAAAAAAAAUAUGAGACCGUGAAUCUUUCUCUACUUUGCUACAUUCAUUUUAGCAAACAUUAGACUUGAAAAAUAUCCCAAAGAAAAAUCUUAGUUUAUUCAACUGUAUUGCAAUAAUGCUCAUAGAAUCAAGUUGUAUGAUUAAGAUAAUGAUGUGAAUUAGCUACACUUUGACAAGAUUAUAUUUUUUAAAUGAAAUAGUUUGGCACAAAGAACAUGUGUUAAGUAGGAUUUCAUAAUGUAUUACCCUUAUUUAAGAUAUUUGAAAGUCAUUAGCCUUAAGUAAGAAAGAUUCCCAGUCUCCUGAGACAACUGUAUAAUUUAAACUCAUUCUCCUGUUUGACAUGAAAAUCAAAGCUGGGCAUAUAUAGUUUUUUGCUUGGACAGCUAAAGAAAAGUAUGCUUUUGGCAUACUUUCCAUGUCAUUGAAUUAUUUUAUGGAAUACAUUAGAGCUGUGCAGAUGUCUCAUAAAAAUAUUUUUCAAGAAUUUCCUUCCAUUUUUAAAUAUAUAAUGCUUUUAAAUUACUCACCUUGGUAAUGUAAUACUUCCCCCCUUUUAAAAGAGGACUCCAUUUUGAUAUUGUUACUAACAUUUCAGGAUUAAUUAUAAUGUUGAAUCGAUAUAUGGGAUGGGACAUUGAACUUGAGUCUAGCCCCCAUAACCACGUGGUCCAGGCAGCUCUACCAGUAGUUAAAUGUUUCUGAAGGGCCUGCAUUCUUGGGUAAAACUAAUGUGAAUGUUGCAUUUAGUCUUUUUUCUACCAAAGGAUUGCAUUUUAACUGGUGCAAAACAAAGUUCGGAGUAUUUGGAUGACUAGCUGCGAGAUUCUUUCUCUUGAAAUUGGACAUUGUUUCAACACUGGCUCUCCCCUCUCCUAUUUCUCCCACACCAUACAGAUAUGUACAUUAAAAACAAAAAUAACUUUCACAUGUCCAGUAACCAGAACUGCAUUCUACAUAACUAGGGUUGCCCAGAAAUUCAGGUCAACUUAGUUUCUUUCAUAUCAUAUCUCUGUCAUGAAUGGAAGAAAGUGCAAAUAAGGAGUGUUAUUCUUAAAGGUGUACAUUCCAAGUUGUUCAAGAACUGUUCAGAAUAAGAGGUAUUCUUCUCGAAACAGAUAUAAAAAUAUUUUAAAAAAAAAUAAGAAAUUCAUUUUUAUGUCUUUUAUUUAGCCAGCAUUUCAGAUAGGAAGCCUUUAGGGUUGAUUUGGUUCUGUCUGCUUUUUUGAAUGAAUGUCAAAAACAGCUCUUGAAAAAAAAAAAACAAAUUCUGGUCAAGGCCAAAUUCUGGAAGUUAAUAGGAUGGGAUUUUAUAUUUUCGCUGGAGAGAUGGUACCAAGCAGGCAGGCAACCAUGUAUCAGUUAAUACUUUCUAGAAAUGUAUUUUGGCAUGAUGGGAGAUACAGAGGAGGGGGGUCUCACCCAAUCUGUCCACAGAUAUUUUGUCACCCAGUCUGUGGAUCCUUCACUAGCUCUGGCUGAGGUUAGACACCCUCAACAGAGCCAACUCCCUCCCCACAACCUUUAAUCUGUUGAUCGUCUUGUCGCUGCCAUUUCUCCUCCGAAAUCCGACUAGCCCGGCCAAAGAGUUGCCCAUGAGACUUCUCAAGGGUCCUCCCAGGGCAAGGCAUGGAGCUGAAUGUGUGCAAAGCCCUUGGAAAUCAUUUACAGUUCUUAUCAUUAAGCCCUCAAAAAAUGUUUGUCUUUGAAACUCCAGGAACAGAGUUCUGCUGUCAUCAGUGUCUUAUAGGAACUCUAAUGGUCAUGCCAUUGGUCAAGUGAAAAGAAAGAUUGCUUUGUUACUGCUUAGGAUUCAUUUCACCCUGCUUCAGAGCUUCCACUAAUCAAUAUCAGCUUUUACAGCCAGUAGCAUUCUGUCUUUCCCUCAAAUUUAGAAUCGUUUUAUUUAAAAAAAAAAAAAAAAAAAAAAACCACUCAGAAUUAUUUUGGGUCUCUUUAAAGGCGUGACAAAAUAUUUAAUAAUUUUUCAAAACCAAAACAGAAGGAAGGAAGGGUCUGCAGAAGCUGCUGGGUUAGCGAUGAUGACAGGGUUUUUGUUGGGCUGUCUUGAUGUUUUGCCCUUCUUGGUAACUUUAUAUUUACCCCAUUCCCAGUGGAAUGUUCUCCAUACUCAGUCUAUAAGGGGAUACAGAAAGAGCAUUGGUCUCCACUUUCUAUCUUUUUAAAUCCUCCCAGGGAAAGAGAACAGCUAUUUCAGAGCAUAUAAUGUAGGGGGCAGGGGAAUGCCAAGUACUUCACUGGUUGAACCAGAAGCUUUGAACGAAAGCACACAUCAUUUUGACUGUCUCUAAAUUAAUACUGUGCUCACUAAACAGCUGACAUAAAAUGGGUGGAGCUCGACCAAUAUCAAAUGGGUGAUUACAGAUUGACAAGGGACCAGAUAGAAGUCAAGCCAGAGACACAGAAAAUGAGCCAGUUUAACAAAGCCUCCAUCCACGAUCACUCACUGACUUCCCUCUCAGGUCAAACUUCAAAAAAUAAUACCCAGUCUAGCCACAGUCACUCAGUGACUUCCCACUCAGUUCAAACUUUGAAAAAUAAUAAUAAUUCAAUCUAGGCAGUGGAGCAGUUUCAAAAUCAGACUUUGUAUCUUGGACACAAACUCAUAAACUUCAAGCAUUUGUUUUGAUAAAAUGUUAUAGUAAGUAUCACAAGGUAAGGUAAAGAAUUAAAGGCGGAUGAUUUAAAACAAUUAACACUGGCCCUGGAUUUAAUCAGAUUCCAAUUACAGCCUUCUAAUUAAAUUAACCUUUCAUUUUGGUCUAAGGAUAUUUUAUGAAUGUGAGAUUAUUUAACAGGGUCAUUCUAAAACUGAUCAAAGAUCUUCCCUUUAAGAAAAAUAGAAAUAAUGAUUUUCUUAAUUUUCACAUUCUGUCUUUCACCAUGAAGAUGAAUGGGUUUGAACUCCACCAGCACAUUCCAGAGUCUUCUAUGAGCCAGUCACCAUGUAGGACUGGUUAGUUAGCAUUUCAAGUUGUGGAAAGCUUGUUCUUGGUGUCAAUUACUUUGUCAUUAUUGAAGUUCCUUCUACUAACUACCUACAUUGAACGUCCUUGACGUGGUGGCUUCUGGCUCCUCUCUGAGCUAAAACUGCGCUCCUCAUCAAUUGACAGCCUCUAGAGAAGAGGACCUUAGCUUCUCUCUGAGUACACAGUGCUCUCUCUCUUCACGUGAAUGCUCAGUCAUCAUCAGAGAGGAGACUCAAAGGCUUUCUCUUCUGGAAAGGUAGAUAGAUCUAUUUGUUUCAGAAAGUUAUGAACCUUCAGAUCUCUCCGGCUUUGAAUCUUCCCAUUGCUACAGGAGGGAUGGAUGAUGUCCUUGUUUUCCAGAACACAUCAAGCCCCUCUGUGGUCAGUAGCUUCCUGGUUCCUUCCUCUGGUAGGCAUGGGCCAAAGAUGCUUCACAUUGCCAACCAGUUGUUCCUCCUUGUACUCAAUUAACAGAACAAGUGCCCAGCCAGCUGAGCCACAUGCAUCUGGGAGGAACUUACCAAUUUAUUUGAAAAUAAUUACUUAUACACUGCUGGGCUGAGGGUAUGGGAAGUUUCCUCCAUUUGAAGUAGCACCUAAAAGGUUGGAAUGGAUUUCAACUCAUUGACCUUCUGAAGGCCAAAUCCAUUCUUCUUCUAAGGGUGACCUUUAAGUUUCCACAGUGUCUCACAGCAAUUCCCCUUUCGUUUUGCAUUCCUUAAGCUUCCCAGCAGAUUGGAGAAAGAAAGAGAUUGUCAGCACUGUUUUCUACUAAGCUAUAUGAAAUUAUAAACAAGCUGCCCAGCGGCCAGCAGCCCACCCCCUCCAAGUUUAUUUAAAGGUACAAGUAUUCUAGAGGAAAAUGAAAAAAAGGGGAUACCAUUUGUUACAGAUUCAAUUGUCUGUUAAAUACCCUCUUUGUUAUGGAGAAAUGACUACUGCAAAAGAUUUCACAGAAAGACUUCUUAAAUCAUAACCAUAGCGAUUACCUGGACUGCCACAGCCACAAUGCUUCCUUGGUGAUCUGAAAUGGCACAUAAAACACAGAAAAAGCAUGUAGACAUUUUCACAAGGAAAGGAAGGGAAAAAAAAUAAUAACAGAGCUCUGCUUAUGUAAACAAAGAAUAUUUCCGUGGAAUGAAUGUAAGCUUUCUCUUGAAGGAAUCCCAAUUGGAAUGUCUUAAGAAAUGACAAAACUGUUUCAACAUCAGUGGGAGUAAAGAGUCCCAGCUUUAUUAGUCCUGAGCCACAAAGCCAAAUUUGUGAGGGGGAAGAGAGGGGUAACCAAACAUGACUGACACAUUGCAACAGAUAAAAUGGCUUGGUGAGCCUCAGCGUAGAGAGGAGACAUUUAAAUGGGUAAUAUUUUUGUUCCAAGUACAAUCAUUUCUGUGACUGCUGCUUGGGAAUAAAAAUAUCCUUCCUUUUCUCAUUAUAGGUUUCCAUCCAGAGCUGCCGUUCGGUUGCAGUAAAUGCACCAGAUUUUUAAAUGGCAAUGAUUCUGUCACAUCAAAUUUGACCUCUAUUUCACUUUUGAUUAAGAAAUAGUAAACUGCAAAAAAAAAAAAAAUAGUGUUUCAUCUUUGUAAAAAUAUGCACCAUAGGCAUUUUCUGCUGGUGACUGCCUUAAGCAAUCCAAGUUGUGCUGUCAAUCAAAGAGAAGUCUUUGCUUAAGGAAGAGAAUCCCCUUCCCCCCAACAAACUCAGCCUUCCUUCCAUUCCCACAAAUGCCUGUCAAUCUCCCUCAACCCCUGCCAGAGCCCCACCUCUUCAGCUGACCCAGGUCUUCCAGCCAAGCAAAUGGCAAUCUCUAAUUCUGCCUGCUGACUGGCUUGUCCACCUUAACUUGUGCUCACCUGAAAGCCCAGAAUGUCCCUUGAAACCUUCCCUCUCUUCAAUCUUUUCCAGAAGCUCUUGGGAUUAAGAAACUUUCACAGGGAUUUCACUGAGAAAUCAACAACUCAUUUGUUUGUGUUCAGCCAAGAAACUGUGAACAAAUUUAGUCACAGCGUUAAUUACCCUGAAGUAAUAAGGUGACUGUCACCUAAGUGGAGGAAGAGAACUGUAACAUUAUUACGAAAAUAAUAUUAUAUGAAGAAAGACUGUAGACUUUUCUAGAAAUGGACUUUCAGGGCAUCAUGCUUAAUAACGUAGAAAAUUAUAUAGGGAGGCCAGAGCAUAGAACAUGGGUUAGAAGGGUUAGAAUUACAUUUGAUAGACAUGUUUAUUGUAUAUGUUGAUAUAUUGUUGAUAUAUUGAUAUAUAUAUUGACUUUCUAAACCUAAAACGGUCUAUAAUUAAACCAACACCCGUGGAAUCUAGCCCUUGCCACUUGAGCUCCUGGAGAGAAAAUUCAGUAUUGAUCUCCCCAUCCCACAUGGAAAAGCUUUGAUGUGAGAAAGCAAUUAGGGUGACAAGAGACACACUAUAUAAAGAUUAUUUUAGAAUAAGCAACCACAGCGAUUCUUAAAAGUUUGGUCUGCAGCCAAGCCGCAUCAGCAAGGACUAGGAAACCUGUGAAAAAUGCAGAUCAGCUGCUCCCACUUGAGACCCCCAGCCCUCUAUAAAUCAGAAAUGCCAGGAGUAGGCGCCGCACUGCGCCUUUUAACUAGCUCUUUGAAUCAUUCUAAUGCAUGCUGCAGUUCAAAACCAUCAAUCCACACAGUGCUCUGCAUGGCUAGGAAUGAUCAAUGUCACCCCCUCUUUAACUCUGCUCCCCCAGAAAGAAGCUUAAAGGCUUAAAUGACAGACUUCCUCUCAGCACAAUAGUCUCAGACAUGUGGGUUUAAAAGUCCAUAAUUCAGACUUGGAAUUCAAUUUGAAGGAAAACUAACUUCACAGUUGCUUCUUGUUUUUGUUUUUUCUUCUUUUCUUUUCUUUCUUUCUUUUUUUUUUUUUUGAAUGGGACUCCAGGAAUCCUCUCUUCCCUGAGUCUUUCUUUUAAAAUAUAACUGUGCAUGCACUUUACCUGACCACCCUACAGUCCAGAAAACAACUAAGGGACCAUUUCUCAUAGUUGGUUGCCUGUGGUAUCCUUAAUGGGAAACUCUUGUAGUGGUCCUGCAUCCUACUGAAUGAAUGUCUUCUGGUUUGAGGAGUGGAAGUCUACUGAGAUACAGUGACUACUUGUUAGAGUUUGGGAAGCUGGUUCAAGAUAAACCUCGGGGCUCAUAGGGCUUGGAAACAACAGGCACCAUAGGCAUCACCCCUGGGGUCAACUUCGAAGGCUCUCUUGCUGGCAUUAGAGUACUGAAUAUUCAGGUCACUUGGCAGAUGAGAAUGUCUUACAAAGCUAGGCUAAGAUAGUGAGUUAUCUGAGUAUGUGUGGACAUGUGUCUGUCUGUCCUCUAAAAUCUAACCUGAAACUCUUCAGUACUUAAAAUACCCGUGUGUGUUUGUCCUUGCUUUGAAGCCAGAAAAGCAAUUCAAGAAUCUGUGUGCCUCUACUGCUGCUGGUCAAAACUGAGCGCUGAUUGUCCAUUUGCGCUGGUGGGGGUGGGGUGAUGCUUUCCCGUUGACACCCUCUCUCCUGUCCUAUACCUCUCAAACAAACCUGACUACUUACAGCCCCAGUUCCAGAACAGCUCAUUUGGUCUCAAUCAUCAUCAUCUCCACUUAGAUAUAUUCUUUUACUCAAAAUCAAAGCCUCUUUGAGAGUCACAUCACUACAGCAGGCCAUUGCCGUGAUGGGAUAUAAUAUUUGCAGCUGAAGGCCUAAGUCAGAUUCCAUGCAAUCGCCUCAAAUAUGUCACUAAGAUCCAAAGCCUUGAUAUUUUUUUCUGACCUUUGAAAGUCACCUUGGAAGCCUCCACAGUGGAAACUUCCAAGGUGAAAUUGCCACGCAUCUCUCCUCGGUCCACAAUCCACGCACUGUGUAAUUUGCUCUGAUCCCGAGGCCUUGAAAUAAACCUGGAUUUGAAUCACAAAAGAGCAGGAAAACAGUUGGAUAAUGAAAGACCCUUAUUGAAUAGAACAUCAAAAAGGCUCGGACGUGAGAAGGUAGCAUAUGAUUGUUUUAAAACCAUAAGCAUAUUUGCCUGUGAGUGCCAUUCCCAGUGAUAGUCACAGGUUAAUGGAACAACACAAGUCUCCUCCCAAAAAGCCAUAUUAACCACCGCUGGCACAACUGUUACUGUAACCGGACUUCCCGUGGUUUAUUUGUAGAGUACAAAGCGUACACCAAUGAGACUUCCCGUUCAUAGCUCUCUAAACAAGGGCCAGGAAAGGAAAUGGCUAUUGUACAUAGGGACAGAACAUGGUUCUACCACAGUAUUCCAUGGGGCAGGCAAGAGGGUUGAGAUCUCCAGCUGGAAACUAAUUCACAAUUGUCCCAUGCCUCUAGUGGCUGUUGGUGGCCAUUCUUCACCACUGAACAAAGUUGGUGGAUGAUUUAAGGGUAAACUGAAUUCAUCCUGAGCCAUUAUAACAGGCAAUCCCUAUAGAAAAGGUUGGCAUGUCCUCAUGCCUGAAAGCUUCUCUAGAAAAGAGAUGAGCACAAACAAGUCCCCCACCCCGACCCCACAGGCUAAAGGGUAAAGAGCAAUGUGUACAGAUGGACUCCCAGUGUAAGGGAGCCAUCACAAAUAAUCCUCGCAGACAGACCAGGAGAAGGGAAAGACAGAAUUAGAGGCAAUCUUAGCGUGAGUGAGUGUACACAAUCCUUACAUUCCUCCAGCUCAACCUGGAGAUGGCCCAUGUCUAAGACUGUAUUUUCAAUAACUUCAUCACACUUGGCAUCUCCUGAAUGGUGGUUUGGUGGUGAUAAUAGGGAUGGAAGCUUAGCUGAAUCUUUCAGCUUUGAACCUCUCAAGCCAACAAAGAAAAUCUACAAAGAUUGCCAUUUUCAGCGCACAACACAUACAUAAAGGUGUGCACAUCCUAUGUCAGUAAUUCUGUGGGGAAACACAAUGUAUAACCAUCAGAAACUUUCCAGUGUAUUCCUUCAGUGUUUUAGAGAUAAAAUUGGAGGGGGAAAGGAAAGGUAACAUGCCCAUGAUUGCUAAUUGUGUUAAAAUUAUGAUCAUCAGAAGUACUGUUAGAAAUAUUUGUGUAAAAUACCUACAGCAAUGGAUCAAUACUAUUUGAAUUUAACUGUCAAUUUGUGCUCAUUAAAUAUUUGUAUAUCUGUGGUGUUGUAUGAUCCUGAAAUAGUGACCACAUACCUGAUAGGACUGGGAAAGAAAAUGGCCUCCUUGAAAUGUUAGAAGCAGAGAAAGUUACUUAUUGUCUUCUGCCAAAGAGAAUUGUUUAACGAUCUGUAAAAUGUAGAUUAACUUCUUGUAUUAUGAAUGUGAUUGUAAGAAAUGCUCACUCCAUCACUUACCUUUUGAAAAUGAAUUUUUUUUGUGUGUUUCUCAUGACCAAGGGAAAUAUUUUAAGCCGAUGUAAUACACAGAAGUCUUAGAAAAAGAAAGCUAUAUUUGAAUCUGAAAAUUCAGUGGCACAUUUAUCAGUCUUUUCCUCAAAUUUGGACAUCUCACUAGGUUGCAUUUGGAGACCUUAAACACACCAACACUAAUGACAGCUCUUGUCUCACAGAGAAAGCAUUAAAACAUUUCUCUUCAAGAACAUUGAGUGGACAGGAAUUACUGUCUGAUUUUCUCACCCAACCACUCAUUGACUCAGAGGUCUACCAGUGUUGCACAGAAAGUUAAUUGACUGUGUACGCCAAUUUAAUCUGUGCAGUUAGCAAGAACUAGCCAUUAAACUAUAUAUUUAAAUGUUUUGUAAAUAAAAUUUUGAUUACUACAGUUUUGUUCAAACUUCUGUCUUUUAAAACAAUUAGACUUGAUUUGAACUUUUUAAAUAAUCUGUUCUAUUAGAUGUUGCGUUAUUGACUGUGAUUCAAUGUACACUCAGCCAUAUUCCUGUGGGAAAUAUCAGUCCUAUUGACUCUCUUGGUAUGAGCCAGAAGCUCUUAGUUUCUCUAAGGACUUUAAGUAUAAAGACAAAAAAUUUAAAAAAAAAUUAAAAUGAAAUGCUAGUGAAGAAAUAAGAAGCCUAUUGUAUAAAAUGUAUUUUUAAAAAAUCUUAAGAUUCCUGUGAUUUACACUGCCUGUUAAUCUAGUCUCUUUGUGGAAUAACCACAGCAUAUUCGUUAAAAUGGAAACACCAAAUAUUUGUGAUCUUUGUAUAGCACCUUGUUAUAAUAUGUGAUUUCAAAUGGUAAACAUCUCUGUUGUGAUGGCGUGAGCCCACAGAAGAAUAAGUCCCUGCUGUUAUGUAAAAUCCAGCUCUCAGAAUUGAGAUUCCCUGCAGCUGCUCUAUCACCAAUAAACAAGAAUUAAUUGUGAAAAAAAUACUUUUUAAGUUUAUGAUCACUGUGCAUUUUGUUAAUGAAUUCAGAAAGUUUUAUGUUUACCAGAAAUUCUCUCAGCCAGUAAAUACAACUGCUGAUUUCAACCAUUCAAUCAUUUCUGUGGUUUCUAUAGUCUUGAUCUAACUACCAGAAAAAAAAAUUGGAAGAUCGGUGCAAAGUAUGUCCUAACAAAGAUACAAUAAAUGACUUUUCCUGCAUGCUGCCUGAGAUAUAUUGUAAUUUGAAAUGUCUUAUCAAAAAAAAGUAUCUAUUUCAUAACCCAAACUGUAACUGGUAAUAUUUCUUAUGUGUAUAACUGAACGUAUGUCAAUAUCAAAAGCAAUGUCUGUCAUACAUGUAUGUUAUAUGUGCUGUUUAAUCGUGUUAAGCUGUAAUUUGUGAGAAUGUCAUUGCCUGAACUAUUGACUGUGUACAAAUCAUUGUCUUCACUGUUUUCCUAAUCUCACAUAUUUCCUAACAUUGAAAUAUAAAUGUUUGUAAAUGAGUCAUUCAUAUUCUA